AUGCCCUGUCCCGCAGAAAAGAAAGAUCAAAUCGUUAAUAAUAUCCCAUCUACAGAAGAUAUUUCAUCUGAAAAUUUGGAACAAAAUCCCCAAGAUGAUAGUUCUAAGCAGAUAGACUUACGAUGUGAUGAAAAUCUCACAUAUAAUAUAGUUGAUAACGCUUCAAAUUCUGAUGAACCCAAUAAUGCUUCGGAACAGGUUAGUAAAGAGAUAAUUCAGAGUAUUAGGGAGAAGAAAAUCCGAGAUCAAAACUUAUCUUCAGAUAAUAAUUCAUCAUGUGAUAUAAAAACCGUUUCCCAGGGAAACGAUCAGCAAAAAACAAUCACGAAUACUUCUUUACCAGCGGAGGAUCUUGACGAUUUUGAUGAAAUUGAGCUUACUAAAAAUCAAAAUAUAGAAUUAGAUUUAAUACGAGAUUUACAGAAUAGUAUGCUUAUUGUUGCACCUGAUCCUAUAGAAAUACCUCCUGAAG